AGCGCGGUGCUGUCGCGACCGGGUCGCGGCGCUGUCGCGACAGCGAGGGGUGGGCGGGGGGGGGUGGGAAGGGGCGUGGCGGGCGCAUGACGGAGCUGCCCGGGGAGAACGAACCGGCGGGCCCCCCCGAGCCCCCCCCUACCACCACCCGCCGGCCCCGGGACCGGGCACGGCAGCAAGAUGCAGCGGCUGAAGCGGUCCCUGUCCCUCCGGACGCUGCUGCGGAGCAAGAGCGUGGAGAGCCUCUUCCCGCGGCCGGGAGGGGGGGUGCAGGGCCCCGGGACCCCCCCGUCCCCCCCCCGGACACACGGCUUCCAGCAGUACGUCUUUAAGAAGCAUUGCCCCUGCGAGCUGUGCCGGCAGCUCAUCGCAGGCAACUCGCGGCAGGGCCUGCGGUGCAAAGCGUGCAAGGCCGGCGUGCACCUCUGGUGCUCCGAGGGGAUCUCGCACCAGCAGUGCCCCGGUAAGACGGCCACCUCUUUCCACCGCAAUUUCAGCUCACCCCUGCUGCUGCCGGAGCAGGGGGGCUCCGGGCAGGGUGAGCCCCCCCCAGACCCCGGCGCGAAGGUGGACCCGGUGUACGAGGCGCUGCGGUUCGGCACCUCCCUGGCACACGGCACCGGCCCCACGGAGCUGCCCCCCGCUAUCCAGGGUGACAAGGCGGCAGCUGGGGAGGAGAGCGGGGACGCCCCGAGCAGCGGCGGGAGCCCAAGCAGUGGUGCAGCUGUCACCCCAGCAGAGAGGGACAGUGUGGAGGAGAAGAGCCCCAGGCAGCAGGCUGCCCGGGGGCCGGCGCGGCGGGACGGGGCACCCAUGUUCUCCUACGUGGCUCUCUACAAAUUCGUGCCCCAGGAGCACCAGGACCUGGCGCUGCAGCCCGGGGACAGGGUCACGCUGGUGGACGACUCCAACGAGGACUGGUGGAAGGGGAAGGUGGGCGACCGGCUGGGCUUCUUCCCGGCCAACUUCGUGCAGCGCGUCCGUCCCGGCGAGAGCGUCUGGAGGAGCUGCCGGGCCGUGCAGGGUGACAAGGAGCAGGGGCGCAUGAGCCUCAGGGAGAACCAGAUCUGCGUCGGCGUGGGCAGGACCCAGGGCCUCGUCCGGGUGACCAGCGGGAGGAAGCGGGGGCUGGUCCCUGCCGAGGCGCUGACCGAGAUCUGAGGGGCAGCAUCCAGCCCCCACGCCGGUGUCCCCGUCCCCGUCCCGGCACCACCGCCUCCCCUGGAUCACCACACCUCAGGAAGCCCCGUCCGGGCGGUACUUGACACCCCCCCCCCCCCCAGCCCCGAGCCAUGCCCGGGGGCCUGUCCCCAAUGUCCCCAUCCCUCGGGGGUCCAGCCCAAGGCACGUGCCCUGCUGGCACGGGGCAGGGGACACGGGGGUGGCCCCCCCCCAGGGUGGCACUGCCCACGGACGGGGCACCCACACGGCUGCUCCUAAACCCCCACGUGUGCGGACACGGUGUGCGCGGGGGGGUGGGGUGGUAUGCGUGCGUGCACGGCAGCACGGGUGUGCAAAUCCCCGUGUGCACGCGUCGGUGCCACUCCACGCGUACACUCCAGAGCCGUACACGCCUGUAUCUGUGCACUAACACACGCGUGUCCUGCCCGGCUGCUGCACGCUCGGCUCGCCCAAGCAAUAACUGCCCCCCACCCGUGCCCGGGCAGCACUCGGACCCGCUCCCGGGAUGCUCCAGCCCAAGAUCCUCAAUUAAAACGCUGCUGCCGCUGC